CACAUCCUUUCAAAAGUUGGCCAUGUUCGGUUCAUCUCCAGCAUCCACCGUGUCCGUCCUGAUGGCCGUCCUGCUGGCAGGAGCAUCUCCAGCUGCUUACCUAACCAACCAGUGGCCACCGCUGAUGAUCAACCAACCUUAUUACGGCUUAUUCUAUCUGCCUUAUCGCCAUUACCACUCUACAGGUGUCAAUUCCUGGAAUUCAAUCGACCAACUACCCAAAAACAAUUUCGAGGAAGAAAGCGUCGAGCCAGAAAUAACUGACAUUGAAGGCAGAACUCCCGUCCAGAAACUUUACUCCGACCGUCCCGACGGAAGCAACAACUUCCCCUCGGUCACGGAAAGUCGUCUGCAGUUGGGUCCUUCGCUACGGAACGCAUUCCCCAACUUGGCGUCGACCAUUUCAUCAUCUUUCUUCUUCAACAAUCCAUCCGCCGGGCUGUUGACGUCGUUCGGUUUACUGGAUGGAACGUCUUGCACGUCGCCCAACGCCGAGGCCGGCAUCUGCACCAAUUCCAGGCUCUGUUCCAGCUACGGUGGGCGAUCCAGCGGCUCGUGCAGUUCAUUCGGCAACGUCUGUUGCAUCAAUACGGUGACUCGAUGCGGGGCCACCGUGACGCUCAACAAUACUUACUGGCAGGCUCCGACGACGCUCAGCGCCGACUCGACGUGUUCCCUCGACGUUAAAAUGGACCCGACAUUGCCGGAACAAAGGAGGAAUCCAAUCUGCCAAGUUCGAUUGGAUUUCGAAGCUUUCGCCAUCGCCGGACCCAAUACUCAGACCGUUUGCGCUACGGACAACUUCCGGGUGAGCGGAACUGCCAAUAAAGUGCCGAUUAUUUGCGGCCAAAAUGUCGGCCAGCACAUGUACUUGAUUGCCCCGUCGUCGACGGCUGAUGUUCAAUUGAUAUUCACGUUGGGCACUGGGUCGGCACAGGAUCGUAAUUGGAAGAUCAGGAUCAGUUUACUAUCCUGCACUUCUACGAAUUUACUUGCUCCUGACGAUUGUCUCCAGUAUUUCACGCAAAGUAUCGGGACUGUCAGAUCGUUUAAUUGGCGUGAAGUGUCGCCAUCGGCGACAGGGCCCCGUCAGCUGGCCAAUCAGGACUACAACAUUUGCUUCCGGACGGAGCAGGUCACCAACACCAACGCUUUCCCUAGGGUCUCGUCGUCCAUUUGUUACAGUCCGUGUGUCAUCACGACCGUAGCCGUUGCUCCGCAAAUGACGCCGUUGGCGUUGAGUUUGACGGGCGACUCGACGGUUGCAUUUCUUCCGGCCGGAGCUGGAGCCGGGACGGCCUUCAAUCAGUGCGCCAACACCGACUACAUCGUCAUCGACGGGGCGGUAGAUGCGUCGACGCCGGCCAAUUUUAACGAUCGAUUUUGCGGCAACAAUUUGAACGCCGUCGCCCAAACCACUUCAGUCACCUUAUGCUCAACGGUCAAGCCGUUCAACAUUUACUACCGGACAGACGGAUCGGAGGCGAACACCGAGCUGGGCAAUAAUGGAUUCUGCUUGCGAUAUGAGCAGAGAGCUUCUUAAAAA